AUGAUAAUUCUGGGGCUUCCGACCGCGCUUGUGCACUUUGUCGGGAGAAAAAAAUCCGUUGUGGCCGAGAGAAACCCAAAUGUGGCAAUUGUAAACGUCAGAAAUGGCGCUGUGACUACUCUGCGCCAGAAAAGCGUAAGUGAAAAUGUCAACUCUAUCGAUGCUCGAUUGGGCAACAUUGAGAACGAAAUCUUUCGUCUUAUAAGAUCCCAAAACGCGCCCAGGUCUCGACAUGGCUCGGAGGGCACGCCUACAUCGUAUGAGAGUCCGUUCAAUCCAAGUGACACCGAAGAUGAGUCGCGGGGCAGCCUGUUGACAACAGAAAGACAACUCUUGCACUCGCCAGUCACGGAUUCAUACUACGGACCGGAUACGUUUUAUGCAUGGGCCACUGCCUUCAAAGGGCUAGUGACAUCUCGGCGACAAAAAGUAGGAAAGGAUGUCUCUCAACAAGGGCUGAAUUUUGCGGUUGAUGAUGAGCUGGGCUCCAUCGACCAUGAUUUAUCGGAAUUAGUACGAUAUGCCGAGAGACAGGACACGCUGUACGACUCGAGAAUCACCGAAACCUCAAUCAUGUUGCCACCCAAGCAGUUCCUGCCGAUGUUUCAUACAAGAUUCUUUCACCACAACGAUUGGUCAACAGAUCUAUUUGUUCAAGAAAGGUUUUGGCAGAACGUUGAUCGAGUGUAUGCCAAUUACAACUCUACUCUAGACGAACCAUGGGCAAUUGUUUUCAAUACAAUUAUACUACUUUCUAUGAGCGCAGAAAACUCUCUCCAGACUCAUGCUCCCUUGGCAACUUCGCAAUUUGCUGCCCCCUUCUUUUCAGCGCUCAAAGUUGCCCUCAAUAAAGUCCAUUUAUUAAUGGCGCCGCGACUCAUAAACGUACAAGCCUUGGCCCUUCUAAGCUUAGCUGCCGAGCAAUUUCAUCCGUUCGGAGUUGCAGAAGCAGUGUUUGUGCAAGCCUGUAAUCUGGCAAGACGAAUGGGUCUUAAUCAGAUUGCGAUGACUGGAACAUCGGAUGCAAUUGAAGAGGAAGAGCGUCUCAAAGUCUCAAGGGCUUUAUACAUUCGUGACAAAAGCCUGGGUAUUUCACGAGGCACCAUAUGCUGGCUGCCAGGGUUUGAAGUGCAAAAUAUGAAACUGGACGACUUUGAAUCAGCCGAAGGAAGAUACCAUGCUGCACGAGUCACGAUUACUGCUUUUCAGGAGCGCGUGUAUCGCCUCCAUUCUUCAUCUGGGGCUCAAGAUGACUUUGCUAACAAAGCGGGCUUCCAUCCCUCUGGUAUACAACACGGUUUGGCCGAUCUUCUGGAAAUUGGCACGAUGUGCGGUCCCCACCUUGAACUUUGGUUAGAAUUCCUCGCUACCCGUAUUGUUGCUCUACGAAGGAACACUAAAGCGCAUUACGUCAAGCGCACUUUAAAAGAUUGUAGAGCAUGUUGCAUCCUGCUACUAUUGGCAUUCGGAAAGGGUGACAAAGCACUGAGGGAACGACUCGAGCACCAUUGCGACCUCCAUACAACUUCUCAACAAGGUUCCAAAUCAUCCUCUCUAGACUCUGAAAUCAGCCUCAAUGAGCACGCAAUAUCGACGCCAAGAACUCUCCUCUCACUCUUCCCGGUGUCUAGCUUAUUUCUGUUGGCUGCAAACGUGAUCAACCCUGCAACUCCAGAGGAGGAAGCGAACACUGAUGAUGACUACGAGCUUCUCGUCAGAGUUUGCGAUUGCUACGAGGAAGCUGAUGCAAGCCUACAAGCCAUCAACAGGGCCCAUCAAGUUGGUAAGGCGCUCCAAAGAAUUCUGUCCAUCAUUCAACACGUGCGUGGGAUGAAUGGCACUUCCCCUAGCAAAAGCACGAGUGGUUCGGGUAGCAGCCGAUGUCACUCCGCGUCGUUGUCAUCCAGUCAGCUGGAACAAGGCGGUUCUUUUCCAGAUCAGUCGAGUUUGCAGCAUCUGCCAAGUUCUGGUUUCAUAAACUCGCAGCAUUUCACAGAUGGGGCGCCGCUAUCUUCACUCUGUGUGAACGAUAUUGAGACAUUCGUAAUGAACACGCCAUCAGGACAUGAGAUAAGCUCGGCGUUCUCCGUGGAAAAUGAUAUGAUGAGCUUCAUGAGGCAAGAUGCUAUGACUUCGAAUCAUUUCAGAUCGGACAAUUACGGAAUGGAAAUUUGUUAUCCAGUGGAGGGUGCGGACCCAAAUGGCGGGUUGCCGGGAAUAUGA